UCAUAAUGGUCUGAUCCGGUUUAGAAAGAAUACAUAUUGCAAGUACAGUAGUAGAAGAAGCUUCUUUCUUGGUGCUCUCUUCACUAUCCACUAUCACUUGCAUCUGUCUAAACAAGCUCAGGAACAAACUCUAGGCCACUCUCAUCACCUCUUCCUAUAUUUUGAACAAUGAGAAAGCUAAGGCUUACAGAGAAGUUAUGUCACUUACUAGAGACAUCGUCUCAUCACCGUUCAAAGAGAAAAGCAUCAUUGAACGUACUGUUUGGUUAUGGUUUUGUCUUUGGAGCUUCAGCAUUAGUUCUAACAGCUAUUAUCUUUAUGUUCUCAUUUAUUUCUUCGUCGCUAAUGAAUCCCGUGCUUCAAAAUAAUUACGUCAAAGUUACUUUACCGGAAGAACACUACUCUUCUAGUACUACUGUUAGCAUUGGCAUUCCUACUGCUUCUCCAGAGUUAACGAGCAACUUCACCCUCGAUGAACUAUCCGAUACAAACCUCACAGAAACCAGUUUUGAGGGCACACAUGUUGGUCCCAGUAAUCUAACUACAGAGGAAGAGUUCCUAGGUACGAAUAAAGACAAUGUUACUACAACCUCGAGUAAUUUAUCCCGUGAUGACGACAGUAGUAGACCAAAUGAUGAGAAGAAACAAAGUGAUGUUGAUGAGGAUGCGGAUCAAUAUUCUUAUAGUGAUUGUGAUAUGUUUGAGGGAGAAUGGCUAAAGGUGGAGGAUCGAAAUCUAUAUUAUCCACCUGGUUCUUGCCCAUAUCUCACUAGACAGUCUUUCUCUUGUCAAGACAAUGGAAGACCUGAUGAUCAGUACCUCCAGUGGCAGUGGGAAUGGCUGUCAAAACAAACAAAUCCAAGGUGUAAUGAUAUCCCCAGCAUUCUGAAUGCAACUGAUUUUCUGGAGAGAUUGAGAGGGAAAAAGUUGGUGUUUGUUGGGGAUUCUUUAAAUAGCAAUAUGUUUUCUUCUUUGUUGUGCAUCCUAUGGAAUGUCAUUCCAGACAAGACCAAAGUUUCUUCCCCUCCUGGGAAAUUCAAGUCAAGAGGAGAUUCUUCAGUGUUAUAUGAGGACUACAAUUGUACCAUAGUAUUUGUCUGGUCAUCGUUUUUGGUGCACGAAACAAAUCCAAUUAGCCGCAGAAACAACAGUUUGUUAAUUCAGGAGCCAGAGACUUUAAGACUGGACUUGAUUGAUGACAUUGCAGCAUCGGUAUAUCGUGAUGCCGACGUUAUAGUUUUCGAUUCUUUUCAUUGGUGGGUUGAUGCGAAAACUAAUAAUGGAAUCAACUAUUUUCAACAAGGUAAUUACUUGUACCCGAAACUGGACAUCAAUAAAGCAUACAAGAAAGGUCUUACUACUUGGAGGAAAUGGAUUGACGGAAAUAUCGAUCCUAACAAAACCCAAGUUGUUUUCAGAGGAUAUUCAGAAACACAUUACGUAGGAGGGAGAUGGAACACAGGUGGACACUGUAACUUAGAAACAGAGCCGAUCAUGAGUAAUGAAACAUAUGUACCAUCUUUCCCCCGACAAGUGAAAAUACUAGAAAAUACUCUUCGGAAAAUGAAGACUCCUGUUAUAUAUCUGAAUGUCAGUAAACUUACUUACUAUCGAGCCGAUGCACACCCUUCUGCAUAUGCAAAGAAUUUAACUGCUGAAGAGAGAAUUGCAGCAAUGAAUUUUCAGGAUUGUAGUCAUUGGUGCUUACCAGGUGUACCUGAUACUUGGAAUGAGUUGCUGUAUGCUUCUUUGUUGAAAGCCGGAAAAGGAUCUUUCGGUAGACGUUAAAGACUGGGUUAUCCAAUCUUAUUGCAGUCGAAUCCUACUAAAUAGGAAAGUAGCAAGAUACAAUUUAGAACUAUUUGAAUGUUGUUGAUUCCCCAAAUUUUCAACCUAUAGCACCUUCUAAUUACUGGCUGGACACCACCUUUUGUACACUCCUUGGUAACUUGAAAUUUCGUAUUCAACAUUUGUCACUCACCUACCAAAGAGAGG